AUGAAGUGCUUACCUGCUGAGGUGUCAGGGUCGUCUGCAGGCGUUGCGGUAGUGUUGGCCCGAGUGGUGGUGCCAGUGAUUUGUGACGGGCUUUGUUUGGACUUGGUGCGCGUGCUUGAGCCGAUGAAGAAGAUGAUCGAGGAGGGCAGGGUGAGUAAGACAUCAGAUAUGGAGGCGCUGUUUGGGAGUCUGAAGUUUAUGGAUGAGAGCCUUCCUCUCGACGCAAUAAUAGUUGGCGGCAAGGCGUUCUUAGAUGCCAUACCGGGGACAGAUAUUUCAUUCGCUCCUCCAGUCCAAGGCCAGCUAACCACGAGUCCAGGCAACGACGAGAAGGUGGUGAACGGGCUAGCUCACCUCGUUCUGACCCAUCCAACAUUGCGGGCAUGUCUGCAACUCUUGCUACACACCAUUCGGAAGGAACUAGUGGGGCUCUUUCAAGGGAACCGUCUCAGCGAACAAAUUGUCAAAGAAUACACCGACCAUCUGGAACUCAGGGGCUGGGUAUUCGAAGAAGCCCAUAGGGUUCAUGACGCUUGUAUCUUCGCAGGCACUGCUUGGGACGAGAAAUCGGGACCCGACGGGCUACUCAGCAGCUACAGGUGUCUUCACUCCAUCAGUGCCGGUGACUCUUUCCUCAUGCUCCCUGCCUCACAUGGGCCAUGUCCGAUCUCCCCCGAACUCACAACGGCCGUUAGACUUCUGACGCCUACUGAACUCCUCUAA